AAAAGAAAUACCUGCUUUAUAUCUUCCGUUUAGUUUUAUUCCUAAAGGGGGAUACGAGCUUACAUCAGGAAUCCACCAUUCCCUUUUAGUGUUAUUCAGAAAGGGGGAUACGAGCCUACAUCUUCCUUUCAGUGUUAUCCUGAAAGAUGCCAGGCCUUCUGCAGCAGCAGUCCUUUCCGAAGAUUCCCGUCCUUCUCUUCGUGGUCGUAGCUACGGGGAUUAGCCUCUACAGAACCCUGGGCACGGAACUGAACAAUACGGCGAUGCUACAGUUCCGUAACCCGCGCCCAGUUGUUCAGGAUAAGCCGACGGAGGUGCUGAAGAGACCGUCGGAGGCGAUGAAGAGGAGGAUGGGCGGCGGAGAGGAGGAAGCCACCUCCGAGGACCAGGUGAAAAUGAAACCGAAGGUGGUUCUCUUCUGGACGUCUUGGUUUAGGGCGCAGUGGGCGGCCAAGAAAGGCGUUCUUACCAGAUUCGGCACCAAUUCCAUGGAUGAACUACGAGAAGACGGCUGCCCGGAAGCUAACUGCAUCUUCACCUCAGACAGGACCAUGUUACCGCUGGCCGAUGCUUUGCUCUUCGUGUCGCAGGACUUUAACCGGGGCAACAUCCCGAAGACUCGCAAGCCCUGGCAGCGGUGGGUGUGGACUGAGGUGGAGGCGCCGCUAACAGGGAGCACCUUAGCCAGACUCUCCGCCUCCAACCUGAGUCACUAUGUCAAUUGGACGAUGACUUACCACGAACGAGCCGAUGUGGUGGCCUUCUACGGAUAUUUUCGCUCGCUGAACGUUACUCUCCAACCCGUACGCCCAAACCUGAUCGAGAACCACAGGACCGCCCUCGCCAAAUACCGGGAAGCGCUGGCCAGGAACACCACGCUGGAGCAAGUCAUGGGAUCAUCCUGGUGGAGCUACGUCAGGAGGCCGAAAGUCGUCGCUUGGAUGUCCAGCCAUUGCCCGACCAUUUCGAGGAGGGAGGAAUACGUGCGAGAGAUGGCCAGGCAUAUUCCAGUCGACAUGUACGGGACUUGCGGUUCCCAAAUAUGCAAGACUAAGCACCCACUGCACCCUGACUGCUGGGUCGAGGUUAUGAAAGACUACCAUUUCUACAUGGCCAUGGAAAACAACCUGUGCGACCAAUACAUUACAGAGAAACUUUACAAUCCCUUGAAAUACAACCUUGUUCCGGUGGUUUGGGGAGGCUCUAAUUAUAGCCGAUUUUUGCCUCCAAAUUCCUUCAUUGAUGCGCGCAAAUAUCAUCCGAAAGAGUUGGCUGCCUUACUCCUGAAACUCAGCCAAGAUCCUGUCGCUUAUGGCAAAUACCACGUGUGGAGAGGUUUCUGGGAACCGCGCGUGGGUGGGAGUCUGUGUGAGCUGUGUCACCGCCUACACACGGACACCGAGAUAAAACACCACGUCAAUAUUCCGAAAGAGAGACGAACCAACGGCCGCUGCAUUAGGGUGAAGAAGAACCUGUUCGGGCCGGCCUCCGCCUGGAAGGAAGUCAUCUACAACAACCAGACGGAGUCCACGGGAACCGCAGAGGGCUUGUAGUAGUGGAGGAGUCCAAGUGGUGUUGGAGGGAGACGGUGUAGAUGAAUCGAAAAUGGUCUGUGAAAUGGAUUGUCUUUUUCUUGAUCAUGGCUAAUAUUAUAACUUUCUGGUUCCUUAUCCUUUCUCACCAGCAACCAGUACACAAUCGAAAAUUCUACUACCUCUGUAAAUGAAAUUACAUCCCUUAAGCGUCAACAAUCCAUCACCAUGACAAGUUUCGAUGUUGAGUCAUUGUUCACUAAUGUUCCCCUUCAUGAAACCACAGAUUUAAUAGUCAACAGCACACAUCUCAAUGAAUCUGGCCUAUCUAAAGAUAACGUUUAAAAAUUACUUGAGAUUGCAGCCCCAUUACUAGGUUUUUACUUUUGAUGAUUAUUUGUAUAGUCAAACAGACGGCUUGAAUAUGUCCGCCUGAAUUUAAACCCGUUCAUUAUCGUCGAUACAUCGAUGAUAUCUUUCUCCUUUUUAAACAUCCCUCACACAUAAACCUUUUUUCUGAACUAUUUCAACUCGAAACACCCGAGCAUCAGAUUUACUUGAGAUACAGGAAAGCAGCCAAUUACCACUUUUGGAUGCGCCAAUCACCUAUAACAACGGCACCUUCCAUACAAGCAUUUACCGAAAUUCAACCUUCACUUCACCAUAUAUACACUGGCCUCGAACUUCACUUCCUUAGCUACAUUCCAUAUUUAUACAAAAUUAACAGCAUUAAAAAUCUAAUCAGUCGAGCAUAUAACCUGUGUAGCAACUGGUCAACUUUUCAUGACGAAGUGAUUUUUUAAAGAAUUCUUUACAACUAAUGGCUACCCAUUGUUCUUAUUUGAUAAAAUUACUAUUUUUAUUCUUUGUAAAAUAUUUCCAUACAAACCCACUGCCCCUACUGUUGAAAAAGACCAUAGAUAUGUUAAACUACCGUACAUUGGUAGUGUAAGUUUUGAAAUCAGGAAGCAACUAAAAUCACUGUUACUAAAUAAUUACCCUCAAAUUCACUUUUGUCUUCACCAACACUAACAAUAUCGCCAAUUUUUUUUAAAACAACCCUUGAGAUGUAACUCUGACAUCUAUUCUAACGUAGUGUACUUAUUUACCUGUCCUUGCCGCCAAGCUCGGUACGUGGGAUCUACCUCACGAUGGUUACGACACCGCAUCCUAGAACACAAAGGCGAAUCCUUCAGGACUGGCCUUUCGCUGAGCAAACCAUCUUUCUCGGCAAUAAGAGAACACUCUCUACUCCACUCACACCCUUUUUCCUACACAGAUUUCACUAUUUUAUCUUCCCAUUCCUCCCGUCCAGACCUUAUCAUCUCCGAAUCCUUACACAUACAGAAGAUAAAACCCGAACUAAAUAACACAACCACCGCAGCAACCUUAUUUACCCAAUAGGCCUUCCCUCUCACCAACACCCAGUUUGGUUAGUUUACCUUUUUGGUUGUUGUUAUAGUUUUUUGUCUUGUAUAUGUUAUUUUAUUCCAUUUAUAUGUUUAUAUUGUAUGUCGUAUGUUUCUUUUUGACAGUUUACUGAUGAUGAAUGUCUAG